GAAGAAAAAAAAAAAAGAAGAAGAACAUGGCGACCAUAAUAUUACUUAGCCGUCCUGCUGGUGUCCUUUCGAAGAUUUCACGCAGCUGUUCCCCUGCUGUAUUUGCAGCUGCAGUUCAGCAGAGGAAACUGCACGAUUCCUUCAUCCCCAAAGGGAAAAGAGAACACUUGUCAUCCAGUGGACUAUCAGUCACGGUGUUUGGUGCCACCGGCUUCCUGGGUCGAUAUGUGGUCAACAGGCUCUGUCGGAUCGGCUCUCAGGUUAUAAUUCCUUACCGCUGUGAUCGGUACGACCUCGGUCACCUGAAGCCUAUUGGAGAUCUUGGGCAAAUCACUUUUGUGGAGUGGGAUGCAAGGGACCAAGACUCCAUUAAACGGGCCGUGGAGUACUCCGACGUGGUCAUCAAUCUGGUGGGCAGAGAAUGGGAAACAAGAAACUAUUGCUUUCAAGAUGUCUUUGUGACCAUCCCUCAACAAAUUGCCAGGGCAGCAAAAGAAGCUGGAGUCAAAAAGUGUAUUCAUAUAUCACACCUCAACGCUGAUCUAUGCAGCCCUUCCAAGUACCUGAGGAACAAGGCCAUAGGUGAGGAACUAUUGAGAGAAGAGUUUCCUGAACUCAUUAUCAUGAAGCCAUCUGAGAUGUAUGGGAGGGAGGACUGCUUCUUCAACCAUUUUUUAAACAUGAGCUGGUUCGGCUAUGCUGUUCCGCUCAUAGCCAUGGGAAAGAAGACAGUGAAACAACCUGUUUCU